UCCCUCUGCGCCACCCCCGCGCCCGCCCUUCGCCUGCAAACUUUUGGCACCCAGCGCCGCCGCUGCCGAGCGCGCGUUCGUGCGCCGCAGGGCGCGCCUCCCUCCGCCGAGCCGUGCGCGCGGGGAGAGGAGGGCGCAGCCCCCGCCUAGCCCAGCCCAGCCCAGCCCCUGCCCAGCCCGGGAGGCAGCCGCUCCGGAACCGGGACGCGAUAAAUAUGCAGAGCGGAGGCUCCUCGCAGCAGAGCCCGCGCGCCGCCUGCUCCGGGUGCUGAGCCGAACGCGGGGAACGCGAGCCGGGCCGAGCCGGGAGCGCGUCCGCAUCCACGCAGCCGCCGGCCGGCAGCACCCAGGGCCCGCACGCCAGGACGUCGGAGGUGGCCGGGAGACAUGCCACCGGCCCGGAAGCUGCUCAGCCUCCUCUUCCUCAUCCUGAUGGGCACCGAACUCACCCAAGUAUUGCCCACCAACCCUGAGGAGAGCUGGCAGGUGUACAGCUCUGCCCAGGACAGCGAGGGCAGGUGCAUCUGCACCGUGGUCGCCCCCCAGCAGACCAUGUGCUCCCGGGACGCGCGUACCAAACAGCUGAGGCAGCUGCUGGAGAAGGUGCAGAACAUGUCGCAGUCCAUCGAGGUACUCGACCGGCGGACUCAGCGAGACCUGCAGUACGUGGAGAAGAUGGAGAACCAGAUGAAGGGGCUGGAGACCAAGUUCAAGCAGGUGGAGGAGAGCCACAGACAGCACCUGGCCAGGCAGUUCAAGGCGAUUAAAGCGAAAAUGGAUGACCUUAGGCCCUUGAUCCCUGUGUUGGAAGAGUACAAAGCCGAUGCCAAAUUGGUAUUGCAGUUUAAGGAGGAGGCCCAGAAUGUGACGUCAGUGCUUAACGAGCUGCAAGAGGAGAUUGGCGCCUAUGACUACGAUGAACUGCAAAGCAGAGUGUCCAAUCUCGAAGAAAGGCUGCGUGCAUGCAUGCAGAAACUAGCCUGUGGCAAACUGACCGGCAUCAGUGACCCUGUGACCAUCAAGACCUCCGGCUCGAGGUUCGGGUCCUGGAUGACAGACCCCCUGGCCCCGGAAGGCGAUAACAGGGUCUGGUACAUGGAUGGCUACCAUAACAACCGCUUCGUGCGAGAGUACAAGUCCAUGGCCGACUUCAUGAACACGGACAACUUCACCUCGCACCGGCUGCCCCACCCCUGGUCGGGCACGGGCCAGGUCGUGUACAACGGCUCCAUCUACUUCAACAAGUUCCAGAGUCACAUCAUCAUCCGCUUCGACCUGAAGGCCGAGACCAUCCUCAAGACGCGCAGCCUGGACUACGCCGGCUACAACAACAUGUACCACUACGCCUGGGGCGGCCACUCGGACAUCGACCUCAUGGUGGACGAGAGCGGGCUCUGGGCCGUCUACGCCACCAACCAGAACGCCGGCAACAUCGUCAUCAGCAAGCUGGACCCCGUGUCUCUGCAGGUGCUGCAGAGCUGGAACACCAGCUACCCCAAGCGCAGCGCCGGCGAGUCCUUCAUCAUCUGCGGGACGCUCUACGUCACCAACGGCUACUCGGGGGGCACCAAGGUGCACUACGCCUACCAGACCAACGCCUCCACCUACGAGUACAUCGACAUCCCCUUCCAGAACAAAUACUCGCACAUCUCCAUGCUGGACUACAACCCCAAGGACCGCGCGCUGUACGCCUGGAACAACGGCCACCAGGUCCUGUACAACGUCACCCUCUUCCACGUCAUCCGCUCCGACGAGCUGUAGCCCCACCCGACCCCGUAAGCCACGGGCCCAGGCCUCGCCCC